GUCGGGCACUGGCGCGGCAGCCGAGCGCCACUACGGUUUUCUUUUAUCACGUUCAAAUCCUAUUAUAAUCACGGGCACUUCACUUACCGAGUAUUUAACCCUCUCAGUUCCCUCAGUCAUUUCCCAACUCUAUACUGUUUAUCGUUGUGAAGGCUGUGACUUCGACUAACGUCACACUGCAUCUCACUGUCGCAUUCGUUUGAGGCGACUUGUCACGAGUCUACAUGAAAGCUUACUCCAUUUUGCAACUUCCAGAUGGAACCAAGUUGGCAUACGAGGUACUCGGCUCCGACCACAAGGGGGCAUCAGUGCCGUUCGUGUAUGUCGGUGGGAUGACAACCUGUCGGGGAGACUCGGAGAAAGUAUCGUCGCUAGUGGCUAAACAUCGACAAGUGUUGAUCUAUGAUCACAGGGGCAUGGGGGAUUCCCGGGCUCGAGAAGAUGACCCUUUUACUAUCGAAACACUGGCAAGAGACCUUCUCGCUCUAAUCCAGCAUCUUCGGUGGAGCGAGGUUGCUCUUUGCGGACAUUCGAUGGGGGGCAUUGUUGUUCAGAGUCUUUUAUUUCUGCCCUUUCAUCGCACGAACCCGACUCCCUUACCUUUUCGUGUGACGCACGUUGUACUCGUUUGUACAUCAUUCAGACCCAACCCAGAGCCAUACGGACUCAAGUUACCGAAGAGACCGAAAGGACCCUUGACACCUGAAAUAAUCAGGGAGACUGUGCGCCUCUCUUUGCCCCCCGCCUUUGACCCCGAGUGGUUUGCUAGUGAAGGCAAUCAGAAGAGAAUUGAAGAGCUCAUAGAUCGCGCGUUCACUGGCAGACCAGUCAAGACAUUGUUACAACAAAAACGAGCAGCCUCUCAAUAUGAUUUCACUGGGUUUCAUUCUCACCUGUCACCGGACACUCAAUUCAUGAUUAUCCACGGUGAACUUGAUCAGGUCGCGCCUUUCACCAAUCUUCAGGGCUUUUUGACGCGUAUUCCAUGGGCGCGUGUGGUACCGGUAGGAGGUGGACCAGGUUCACUACCAACACUCCGUUUCGGUCAUGAUUGGAUCGAGUAUUUCGAUCCCCAGGUUUGGUGUGGCGUUUUCGAAGCGUUCUUGCAGACUAGACGUAAAGAGAAGGCUGUGCUGUAAUAACGAUUCGGCACCGUUGUAGUGUAUUGCAA